AUGGAACUGGCUCCUACCUCUUUCUAUGGUUCUUGGAAGAGAUACUGGAGAAGAAAGCGAUACCAGCGACUUGACGGGGCAAUCACAGCCCGGAAGAACAUGAAGGUAGCAAGAUUUGGAGGUAGCCCACGAAGGGUAUGGAAGAUAAAAGCAGUGCCCAGGUUGAGAAUUUUAAAGAAUAUUGCAUCACCAUUUAAGCUAUUGAGAAAGCUCAAGAAUGCUUAUGUCAACAUGAUGCUUAGUUUGGCUGGGAACGUCGAUGGAACAAAUGUUUUUGGAAACAAGAGGGUUCCAAGAGGCAGGCAGGUUAAAGCUAUUUAUCCUAGUGAAGCAUUUGAGAAACGGUUGAUUUAUGAGAUUUAUAAGAAUCUGCUUGCAACUCGAGAAUUAUCUACCAUGUAG